CCAGCUGCUGUACAAAUCCUGGCUUUCCUUUGGAGACUUAUUACCCUGCUCUGCUCUACUCUACAUCUCUGCGCCUGGAGACACAUGCAAACUUUAAGUGUCAUCACUCAGCGACACACACACACCUCUCCUGGAGUUCCUGCUGAACCAGAGGAGGAGGAAAGAGGCUGGAAGAAAUUGGCCUAACGUCCUGCAGCCGCCUUCGAACUGCUGGGAUGAGGUGGUGGCUGGUGGUGGCCAGUCUGUGGCUGCUGGUGGCCUUGACCAUCCCUGAUGCUGAGGCCAGAAACCGUCCACGAAACCAGAAUGGUGAGAUUCUUAGAGUGAGGAGGAGGAGGAAGGAUGGACAAGGUUUUGGCCAGGCUAGAGCGGGGCGAACUAGACCUCUGAAGAUCAGACUGGUUCCUGGUCCCAGCAUCCCAGUGGUGCCUGUAGAAGGAAAUGCUCUUCUCCUACAACCCUAUAAGAACAUCCAAGAACAGCACGCCACCUACAACGUCAUCCCAGGUAAGCAGGGCCAGUGUGUGUACCAGGGUCUGACCAUGUUUGACCAGGCCGUCUGGUCCCCAAAGCCCUGUGUGACUUGUCUGUGUACCGGAGGGCGGGUGGUUUGUGAUGAGAGCACCUGUCCCGAAAUACACUGUCAUUUCCCCUUCACCCCUGCGGGCGAGUGCUGCCCUGUCUGCAUGGAGCCAGAACCUGACCUCAGCCUUGACAUUUCUGGUGACUCCCCAGUUCCCAAUGACCCCAGUGAUGUCGUGACUCCACUGACCCAAGAGGAAAUCCAGAAAAUCCUCUGGAGGGAGGCAGAGCAGCAUCGUGAGGAGGAAGAACGUGUGAAGAAGAAGGAGGAAGCGAGAAGAAAGAGAAGGAAGCAAAGGAAAGAGCAGGAGGAGAAACAGAGAAAGAUAGCUGAGGAGAUGAGAAAGCAGGAGGAGGAGGCACUGAGGCUGCAGGAAGAAAAGGAACUGGAGGAGUGGAGCAGGCAGGUAGAUGAGGAGCAAAAGAGGAGGCAGGAGGAAGAGGAAGAUAGGAAACAGAAGGAGGAAGCAGAGAGAGAAGCAAGAGAGAGGGAAAGGAAGCUAGAGGAGGAAAGGAAAAAGCAGGAGGAGAUGCUGAGGGAAGAACUUUUGGAUUUAGUUGAAAAGGAGAAAGAGCACGAGGAAGAAAAGGAGGAGCAGGAGGAGGAGGUGUGGCUGAGAGGAGAUGUGUUUCAAAUGCUUCCAAAAGAGCCUGAAGAACCUGAGGAACCAGACCUCCUUCCUGCUCCGAUUCCAAGACCUCCAGUUGCUACAGAGGAGGAACAGGUAGAAACCGAAGAGACGCAAGAAGGGGAGGAUAGGGAGAUCAUAGUUGUAAACAGAGGAGGCCUUCCUCCAGGCUGUGACAUCUCUGACGUUACUGCCACAUGUGAGGAUGCCAAACUCACACACUUCCCUCCUCUGGCCAUUCCUGAGCUGAAAUCUCUCAGUCUGGAGGGCAACAGCAUCAGCAGCAUCCCAGCAGAUGCCUUUAAUGGAAUUCCUAACCUGGAGUGGAUCAACCUGAAGAAAAACAAACUUACUUCUGCCGGCAUUGACGCUAAAGCCUUCAAAGGUCUGAAGAAGCUAACACGUCUGUAUUUGGAUGGAAACCUUUUAGACGUUGUGCCAUCUGACCUUCCCCCAACCCUGCAGGAGCUGAAGAUCAAUGAAAACAGACUGAGAGGGAUAGAUGAAAACAGCUUCCAAGAUUUGAGCAGCCUGGUUAUUCUGGAGCUGGAAGGAAAUCUGCUGAGUGAGGGGAAUGUAGAUCCUCUGGCCUUCGCUCCCCUAAUCCAGCUUUCCUACCUCAGACUGGGGAGAAACCAUUUCCGCACUGUACCACAAGGCCUUCCCAAGUCAUUGCUGGAACUCUAUUUGGAGAACAACCUGAUUGAAGAAAUCUCAGAGACAGUUUUCAAUCAGACCAGCAAUCUGAACAUAGUUUCUUUAAGACACAACAAACUGGAGGAGACCAGGAUUGCUCCACUGGCCUGGAUCAACCACAGAAAUUUGGAGUCCAUUGACCUUUCAUAUAAUAAGCUUUACAUGGUUCCUUCAUAUCUACCAAGAUCUCUAGUUCACUUGGUGCUCUUGGGAAACAAUAUUGAGAGGAUACCUGGUUACGUUUUUGCCCACAUGCAACCUGGUUUAGAGUACCUCUACCUCUCCUACAACAAACUGGAUGGAGAAGGGACUGAACCUGAGUCGUUCUUUGGGGCCUACCACUCCCUGGUCGAACUGUGUUUGGACCACAACCAGCUGGUUGUUGUGCCAUCUGGCAUCAACGAAAUGACCAACUUACACUUCCUCAGACUCGACAAUAACAUGAUCAGGAGUAUUCCUGAUGAAGCCAUCUGUGACCCAAACCGCAGCGGGGACUCCACCUUGGUGGCUGUAAGAUUGGAAAACAACUACAUCGACCCCCAAAAAAUCUCACCAAUGGCCUUUUCCUGUGUAAGAUCUGCAUCAAGUGUGGUCUUAAAACCCCAGAAAACCAAGUGAACACACAUAAACAAAAUAAAAAACUGAGAGACAGUGGACUUUAAUCUGCCAAAAGAAGUCAAAAUCUCCUUUCAUCAUUUUUUUCUGUUACUAAUAUCAUACAAAUAAUAUAAUACAAAUAAACCUAAAAAAUUACAAGAAAACGCAUUAGUCUGAUGUCAAAAUCUGACACACAUUCAAACAUGGGUACUGUCGUAUGGUAAGAUGCUAUUUGAACAUUUUCUACAACUUUAGACCAAACACAUGGUUUGGUAUCUGGUAAACUGUCCUGCUCUGUCACCUGGCCCAUCUUAAACUGGUGUGAAAGUGACAGAACACAUCUGUCUACUCUCAGAAAAUCUUCUUCCUCUACUUUUGGCUGGUCCCUCUAGAGGGUCGCCGCUGUGGAUCACUGUGUAAAAGGGAAGGAAUUCACAGUAAAAUGAAAAUCCUAAUAAAGAAAUGGAAAGAAUUCUAUGAAGUGUGACUGCAAGCACAGCGCAUUAUUUUUAACAACCUCAGCACCUUCAUGUUUCAUUUCUCAGCAGCAAUUCUUCCACUGCCUGUUUUCAUAAAAACCCUGACAUGGAAAGCUCACACGUGACACAUCCCCUAAGAUGAUUGCGUUAAACCAAGUGCUGCUGGAGAGCCAAUUCCUCAAACAGAUCAAGAUGAGAUGUAAUGACAUGCCUGUUCCUCAACAUUUUAUCUUUAUCUUGCUUACGUGUAUGGACAUAGGGCAGUGACCUCCUCAAUUGUAGUUAAGUCUGAUUUAUGUUUGAUGCAAAAAUUAAGUGGGAGUCUUGCUAUUGCAUGUGUUAUGAUUUACAAUUCAGCAUCAUCAAGAUGAAUGCAUCAUAUGUGAUAUUGAGCUUUUGUUAUGGUAUAUCCUGCACAGCAACUGUUUCACUUCACUUUGUGGUUAAAAGAAUUCACAAUGAAUUCACAAUUCAUUACAAAGUUAUGACUGCAUCUGUAUCUGGGUUAACUUCUAUUUCUUCUUAUCCUGCUUUAUAUAGUAUGUGUCUUAACAUGGGUUUAUUUAAUCCCAAGUGGGAGCAGAGUAUGCUAAAGAACUUAUGGAGAUUAUGGCCAAACAUUUCUGACUUUAAUGCUGCUGCAUGAAAAUAUCUUCUUUUACUUACUGUAAAUUUGUACUUCUGUGUUUUCUUUAAACUGAAUCUUCUUCUUUCCCAGACAGAAACACACAAGACUUUUAGAUAAUUUAAACUCUUUUACUGUGCAUCAGCUUUCAAGCUGUGCAAACUGUAAUAUAAUGUAUUACCACUUUGUACAUGAAAGGCUCGUUCUACCUUAACGUUGCUUCGAAAAGCUCUCACUAGAGGUCCAAAACACUCAACAAUUUAACAAUUUACUUUAGAUUUUUAAUUUUUUUUUUUUUUCACAAAUUUAAGAUAUAUUUGAAGAUUAUAUCCUUUCAUUUGCUCUUGGCUGGCCAACAUGCUUAAAUUAUAUGAAGUUGGUGAGUCAACUUUAUAUUUUACAGUUUAGCACAAUGUUAUGAUGCACGGAAGAAAUAAACUUUAAGUUACCAUUCCUGUCUGAGUGAAGUCUGCCUAAACCUAGUACCCUCACAUACCCAAAUAAGUUAGAUUAUAUUGCACUGGAUCCCCUGAUCAUUUACACAGCCUGUCUGUCCAGGACAUUUAGGAGUAUAUUCAUGUUAUCAAAUUAACAGCUUGGGCUUCAGGGAAAAAGUGGAGCCAUGAUGACUUUUACAGAAUAAGAAAAAAAAUGUAGUUAACCUUCCAUUACAUGUCUUUUAGCUAUAUGUAAUACAUAUUUACUGAAAGCUGCAAUUAACAGAGCUGAAAAAGCAAACCAAUUCAUAAUAUUUUCCUCUACAAGCCUGAGGUUUAGGAUCAUUUACUUCAGUCACAGACAUUGAAAGGAUGAUUGAAACAGAAAAAAAAACUAAACUGUGAGGAGCAUAAAACCUCAGCUUCUUUAAUGGUAAAAAACCUGAAAAUAUUAGAUAAUUAUAUGGGGACUAAAAUUAAUUUGAAUGAAUAAAAGCAAUAAAACAAAGAAUCACAAAUGUGUGGUCAGUUUCUAGAUGCCGGCAGUUGUCAUCUGACUGAACCUGGAGCUGGAAAACUUUCCUCCCUUGAACUAAAGCUGAGAUGAAAGUUUUUCCUGAGGGAGUUCUCCUCUGCCAACAUGAACAGCUGCUCUGUUCAUCAGUCUUGCAUAUCAAACACGUGAGUGAACAAUCAUAUACUCAUUAGUCAUGUGACCUCAUCCAUGCUCCUCAGGAUGAGGAGAUGUAAUUGAAAAAGUAAACUGUAAAGUCAUUCCCAUGUACUCAGACAUUUUAUCAGGCACAAAAGAUCAGUACGGAGAUGGAACUCAAUUCAUCUGAUUUCUGUGAUAUAAAAAUGGAAAAAAUGAAAUUAAAAGGAAAAUG